CCGCUCCGUGGGUCGGUCAGUCGGUCAGUCAGUCACGGAGCGCGCGCCGCGGGAGCUGCGGGCGCUCUCAGCGUUCGGGAGAGGAGCGCCGCGGCUGGAGCGGCGGCGGCGGCUGGAGGGCGCGAGCAGCUGCUGCCUUGCGCGGGGCCCCCGGAGGGCAGCGGGGCUGCCGAGAUGGAGCAACUAUCAGAUGAAGAAAUUGACCAUGGUGCCGAAGAAGAUAGCGACAAGGAAGAUCAGGACCUGGAUAAAAUGUUUGGAGCCUGGCUUGGGGAACUGGACAAACUUACUCAGAGUUUGGAUUCUGACAAGCCCAAAGAACCAGUGAAAAGAUCUCCUCUUCGCCAGGAAACAAAUAUGGCCAACUUUUCUUAUCGUUUCUCCAUAUACAACUUGAAUGAAGCUCUGAAUCAGGGAGAGGCUGUGGAUCUGGAUGCCCUGAUGGCCGACCUCUGCUCUAUAGAGCAGGAGCUCAGCAGCAUUGGCUCAGGAAAUAGUAAGCGUCAUGUCACAGAACCAAAAGUUUCUCAGAAGCCACCUUCUAGCCGUCAUACAUCGAAACAUGGCACCAUGAGAGGACUAUCAGCUAACCCUUCCCAUGCCAAUUACUCUCUGGAUGAUAUCACCGCACAGUUAGAACAGGCUUCCUUGAGCAUGGAUGAGGCCGCUCAGCAGGCUGUGGCAGAAGACUGUAAGCCCCUAGUGCCGAGUCAGCACAGAAGGACUGCCUCAGCAGGCACCGUGAGUGAUGCUCAGGUGCGCUCUGUGAGUAACUCCUCCCGCUCAAGCAUCGCUUCUGCAGCCUCCAGCAUGGAUUCUUUGGAUAUUGACACAGUGACUCGCCCUCAAGAACUGGAUUUGACAACACAUCAGGGGCAGCCAAUUACUGAGGAGGAACAGGCAGCAAAGCUGAAAGCUGAGAAGAUCAGAGUCGCCCUGGAGAAAAUUAAAGAGGCUCAAGUGAAAAAGCUGGUGAUCAGGGUCCACAUGUCUGAUGACAGCUCUAAAACAAUGAUGGUGGAUGAGAGACAAACAGUGAGACAAGUGCUGGACAGCCUGAUGGACAAGUCUCACUGUGGCUACAGUUUAGACUGGUCGCUGGUGGAGACCAUUUCCGAGCUACAAAUGGAGAGAAUCUUUGAAGACCAUGAAAACUUGGUUGAAAAUCUUCUUAAUUGGACAAGAGACAGCCAGAACAAGCUUAUAUUUAUGGAGCGUAUAGAAAAAUAUGCACUUUUUAAAAACCCCCAGAAUUAUCUUCUAGGGAAAAAGGAAACAGCUGAGAUGGCAGACAGAAACAAAGAAGUACUGCUAGAGGAGUGUUUCUGUGGAAGUUCUGUAACUGUCCCAGAAAUUGAAGGAGUCCUUUGGUUGAAAGAUGAUGGCAAGAAGUCCUGGAAAAAGCGUUAUUUUCUAUUGCGAGCAUCCGGCAUCUACUAUGUCCCGAAAGGAAAAGCAAAGGCGUCUCGGGAUCUAGUGUGCUUUCUCCAGCUGGAUCAUGUAAAUGUGUACUAUGGGCAGGACUACCGGAACAAAUACAAAGCACCCACAGACUGCUGCCUGGCGUUGAAGCACCCGCAGAUCCAGAAGAAGUCUCAGUAUAUCAAGUAUCUUUGCUGUGAUGACGUGAGGACACUGCAUCAGUGGGUCAACGGAAUCCGAAUUGCGAAGUAUGGGAAGCAGCUCUACACAAAUUACCAAGAAGCCUUGAAGAGGACAGAGUCAGCUUAUGACUGGACCUCUUUAUCCAGCUCCAGCAUUAAAUCUGGAUCCAGUUCUUCCAGCAUCCCAGAGUCUCAGUCCAAUCACUCUAACCAGUCUGACAGUGGGGUUUCCGACACCCUGCCUACAGGACACCUGCGCUCCCAAAGCACAGUGAGCUCCAUCUUCUCUGAAGCCUGGAGGCGCGGCACUCAGCUGGAAGAGUCCAGCAAGGCCAGAAUGGAAUCUAUGAAUCGGUCCUACACUUCACUUAUGCCCUCUCUGUCCCCUCAAACUAAGAUCGUCGCCCCCUAUACUGCCUCACAACCCUCGCCCCCUUUGCCUCCUCCUCCACCCCCCCCCCCACCUCCCCCGCCUCCCCCUCCCCCACCCCCUCCUCCUCUCCCCAGCCAGUCUGCACCUUCUGCAGGCUCAGCAGCCACUAUGUUUGUCAAGUACAGCACAAUCACCAGGCUGCAGAACGCAGCCCAGCAUUCAGGGCCCCUGUUUAAGUCUCCACCACCACCAGUGACACAGCCUCUGCCUUCGGCUUCACAGUCCCUCAAGGCUCCAAUUGUGGUGCCCCCCAAUGGAGUUAUUCCUCCACCCCCUCCUCCUCCACCACCCCCAACCCCUGGUUCUGCCAUGGCCCAGUUAAAGCCAGUGCCAUGUGCCCCAUCGCUACCACAGUUUAGCCCCCAACCUCCUCCCCUGAAGAUCCAUCAGGUUCAGCGUGUUCCUCAGGCAGCCCCUCCCACACCCCCUCCAGCUCCUCCUAUCCCUGCAGCUGUCCCUCCUCAAGCACCCCCUAAACCUCUGGGUACCAUUCCUCCUUCAGCCAGCACCAAGACUGUGCCACCUAUAGUAGCACAAACUGUACCACCUACCCCUGCACCUCCAGUGCCCCCCACAAAGAAACAGCCAGCUUUCCCAGGUUCUCACAUUCCACCCUCUCCACCUGUCCAGCUUGCCCCAUGUCCCCCACCGACACUACCCAAGCAGCAGAGCUUUGGGGUGAAGCCACCUCCCUCUCCGCUGUCCCCUCUGCCCUCAGUUGUGAAGCAGAUAGCCAGUCAAUUUCCACCCCCUCCCACUCCUCCUCCUAUGGACUCUCAGCCCCUAAAGCCCCUCUCAGCAAGUGUCACCCCACAAUCCCCUCCCGCAGUAAAAGCAAAACCCAAAUGGCAGCCCAGCUCAAUUCCUGUCCCUUCUCCAGAUUUCCCUCCUCCCCCACCUGAAAGCAGCCUGGCAUUUCCUCCGCCACCUCCCCCAACCCCACCCCCAGCGCCACCCGUGGCUUCACCUGUCCCUGACAAAGGUGGAUCUCCAGGCAAAAAGCCAAGUAAGAUGUCCAGCCCCGGAGGGAAGAAGCCACCCCCAACCCCGCAGCGCAACUCCAGCAUAAAGUCCAGCAGUUGUGCAGAGCACCCUGAGCCCAAGCGACCUUCGGUAGACAGUCUAGUGAGCAAGUUUGCACCACCAGCGGAAUCAGGGUCUCCCGGCAAGGAGACCCCACCUCCUGCAGCACCCCCCAAGCCUGGGAAGCUACACCUUUCUGGAGUCAACCUUCCAGGAAUCCACCAGCAAGGGAGUGUGUCAACAAAACCCGCUGCUCUGAGUGGGCGUGGAAAGGACUCCAUAGUGGAAUUCCCAUCUCCUCCGUCAGAUUCUGACUUUCCGCCCCCUCCACCUGAAAUAGAGCUUCCUCCGCCCCCCAUCGAGAUUCCAGCCGUAUUCUCGGGGAACACCUCCCCCAAAGUGGCAGUUGUUAAUCCGCAGCCACAGCUAUGGUCUAAAGCAUCAGUAAAGAAGGCCCCUCCACCCACCCGGCCCAAACGCAAUGACAGCACCCGCCUCACUCAAGCCGACAUCCCUGAGCAGCCAACAAUGAGCACAGUUGUGCCACAAGUGCCCACCUCCCCCAAAUCCAGCCUUAGCGUGCAGCCCGGAUUCCUAGCUGAUCUCAACAGGACACUGCAGCGCAAGUCUAUCACACGGCAUGGCUCCCUCUCUUCCUCACGCAUGUCCAGAGCAGAACCUACAGCCACCAUGGACGACAUGGCACUACCCCCACCACCACCAGAACUGCUGUCUGACCAGCAAAAGACUGGCUUUGGAGGUAGUCAUAUUUCAGGCUAUGCAACACUGCGAAGAGGACCCCCGCCUGCUCCCCCUAAGAGAGACCAGAACACUAAGCUUUCAAGGGACUGGUAGCUACAAGACUUAUUUUCAUGCUGUCUAUAGUCAGUUCUACAAUCAGUCCAUCUGAUCAUCUGUGAAUCCAGGUGUUCAGCGCCUCCUGAUGUGUUAUUCAGGUAGUGUCCAGCUGUGUGUGUAUGUGUGUGUGUAUGGUUUGUGUGUAUAUGUGCCGCGUGUGUGUACAUGCAUUUACACACAGCUAUACAGAUUGUGUGUAUAUACAUAUGUAAACAUCUGUGAAUGUGUAUAUACAGAGAGAACGGAUUCUAUUUAUUCCUUUUGCCUCCGAAUCAGAGUAUGAGGUUCUGUAUAUUUUGACAGGAAGGAGACAGGAGGGGAUAUGUUGUCACUUACAAUUUGUCUAUCGUAUGGAUUGGACCAAAAACUAGAAGGUGUUUCAUGACUGUCCAUGUGCCACCUAUUUGUGCAUGUGUAAUAAAAGAGACAGAUGGGCAGUUUCUCAGAGAAUAUCAUCAGAAUGUCUGGUAUACCUGUCUGUAGGCCUUUUUAUUUUUCCCAGUUGGCUGAAUUUAGAACUGCUUGACUGACACUUAAAUACUACAUUUAAAGGGGCCCUUUAAAUCAGGAAAACCUUCAUUAUACAGAACAUAAACAGUACAGGAAAGGGAACUCCUCAAGACACUGUGCUGUACAUACUAAAAUAGUGGCUGUUCUAGCUGCCAGUAGUCC